AUGAGCAAGCGUCCUCACGAAGAUUCUGUCUUCCAAAAGACUGCCAAUUUCCUGGAGCGAUCUGCUUCAACGCCGGGAAAUAGCAUAUCGAUCAAUGAGCUGCUAUCCAACUCCGAGGAGCUAGAUGCAGAUCAAUCCGAGACCCAUGCGCGCAAGCCAAGAAAUUAUAUCGCUUCUGUGGCCUGCGAAAACUGUCGGCUAAAAAAGACAAGAUGUGAUGAAUCACGCCCAAAAUGCGGGCUAUGCAAAGCCUUGAACCUGGACUGCGUGUACAGUGAGCGCAAACUCUCCAAAAAAGAUCAAUCUAUCGGCAUGAUCAUAAGCACAUUACAUCGCAUCGAGACGAAACUAGAAAAUCUUCCAUCUGUGAUUUCAAACGAUAUUCGUCCCAUCACAGGUCAUGUAUUGCAGGCAGUGGAAGCCAUUCAAGUAUCUGCAUCAACUACCAUGGCCGGGACGCCAAGUGCGAGAACAUCAUCGCAUAAAUUCUCAAUAUCACAAAAUACCUCGCCGGCUGCAACUGGCCCGCUCGAGGCGGAAAUCCAGGGACCUGCGGAUGGUAGAGAAGUCAUUUCCUUUAGCCAGCAUGGAGUUGUGGCAUGGCCGGGAAUGAUCGACCGUCUGCCGGGGAGAUUCUGGGAUCUUUAUGAUCAAAUCGGAAGGAAUUAUGUCCUCGACGUCGAGUUGGAGAGACUUCCUCUUUCAAUGUGGGUGAAUUCUCUAUUCGGAUUACCGAAUACAGGAAACUGGCUAGAGGAGUUGCCUUUUGCGCUCGUGAAAGGUUUAUGCGAGGCGUUCUUCUCGUUUUUUCACCCCUUUACUCCAUUCAUGGAUAAACACUUCUUCUUCUCCCUUACGCUCGGCACGGUCAUCAAACAUGGCUUUUCUACAACAAUCGAGACGUGUCUGGUUCUGAACGUGAUGGCGUUAGGCUGCCUAGCCGUGCGUGCAUACGAAGAAGCAGAUUUCCCACUACCAGGGACGAUUGGAGAUCAUUUUGAACGACCAGCCUGGUUUGAAGCGGUAUUGGAAGAUCCUCCUGGCUUGUCAUUUUUCAACGAAGCUCGAAAACGGAUGGGUUUUCUUAUGGAAAAGAACAACCUGUCUAGUUGCCAAUACUAUCUUUUAUCAGCCAUGUACUAUACGCAAAUUAUCCGUCCACUUGAUUCUGGUGCAAUGCUUAAUAGAGCUGCUGCUUGUUUAUGCUUCAUGUUAGCGAACCGUGAUAUCAAUUACAAUGAAUGGGAAGGCGAUAUGAAGUCCAGAGUUUUCUGGAAUACAGUGAUGUAUGAGACAAUUCUCGUACAAGAGCUAGAUCUACCUCCAAGUGGCCUGUUGUCUCUUGAAGACAACGUUCCCAUUCCAAAAUUUAUCCCAUUUAAACUGUCAUCGGAGAUCACUCCAAUGCCAGAUCCAGACGACUCCUACUACCAUCAAUGCCAUUUCCUUGCACAAAUAGCCAAUCGGAUAAUACUCACUCGCAUCCGCCAUAGUCUUUACUUAUUUUCCGAAUCUGGAACUCUCCCACGCCCAGCCGUCAGCAUAGAGCUCCACAAACAAGUCGAAGAAUGGCGCAAAAACCUCCCAUCAGCAAUUCAAUUCUCUGAAAAAAACUCAGACACUACACUGAACGAUGACCGCUCGCCUUCCAUGGCUGGCCAUCCACGAACCCCAACUUCAUUAGCAAUGCUUGUGGCCGACUCAAUGCUUCGAGCCCGCUAUCGAAUCUGCAAAUUUCAUAUCGGUCGACCAUACCUGUACAAAGCGUUGCGAACACCAGCCUUAUUGACGGACGAAGACUAUGAGCAGAUCCGCAGUGGAUUACGAUUCGCUAUGGAUUGGCCUAUGAUCAGAGGCGUGUUUCGGCUGAUGAGGAGUUGCAUCCCUAUCAGAUUUGCGUUUUGUUCGCAAUUUUUCGGCCAAUUACUCAUCUUUCACGCAAUAUCAAAGUCGGACGAGCCACGAUUACGUGCGACUUUACCCCUUGGAUGGGAAAGAUGUUUGAACCAGUGCCAUCACAAGGGCAACAGCCUCCACCAGUUCAAGCAGGAUAACCCCCCAUCAGCGCAAGUACCAGCAGCCUUGUCUAAGUCGUCCAUUACAUCAAAUAAUGAACAAAGAGAGGACGCCACAAGAAGCAUGUGGACAGACUCGGAUAUCCAGAUAGCCGUCAAGGUCUUGAAAUACAAAAUUACACCUCAUGAGGUACGCGAUUCGAUCAAUAACGAGAUAAAAUACUCCAGUCUUGUCAAGUAA